AUGGAGACCUUGAGCGAUGAGCUGUGGGAUCUGGUGAUCGCCGGAACCAGCAUCCCACAGUCCCUUUUGGCCUUGUCACUCUCGCGUUCGGGCAAGAAGAUCCUGCAUGUUGACCGCCGCAGCUAUUACGGUGGGGACGAUGCCGGUUUGAGUCUGCAAGACGCAGAAAACUGGGUGCAGGAGUUGCGAAACUCCACGAGCACAGUCUACAAAGAUGCCUCCAUCAUCAAAGCCGCAGUGGAGACGUCGCCCUCAGCCACAUCACUGGGACCUUCACGAGCGUACACCUUGAGUUUGAAUCCUCAGAUCAUAUACGCAAAAUCCGAGUUCCUUCCCACCCUGGUCUCGUCACGGAUCCAUACCCAACUGGAGUUCCUCGCCGUUGGAUCAUGGUGGGUCCUGCGCAAUGGACACUUGCACAAGAUUCCGAGCACGCGCGAGGACGUGUUCAACGACGAGUCACUGUCGAUGAAGGACAAGCGGGGCCUAAUGAAAUUCCUGCGAUACGUGCUUCAAGAAGAGGAGGAGGGAGCAUCAAGCUUGGAGGAGGACGACACCGGCAUAUCACUCAAGGCAGCCAUAUCAAACAAGUUCAAGAUUCCAGUGUCGCUACAGUCGCCUCUACUGGCACUCGCACUGUCUCCUGUCAACGCUGAUUCCAUGCCCUUCAACAAGGCGCUGGCAAGGAUCAGAAGACACUUGAGAUCCAUGGGCUACUUCGGCCAAGGUUUUGGGGCUGUGAUACCAAAGUACGGGGGCAGCUCAGAGAUCUCACAGGUGGCCUGCAGAGCCCAAGCUGUGGGUGGAGGAGUCUACCUAUUGGGUUACGGAGUGCAAAGCCUGGAAACCCCUCUUCAGAACGAGGAGGACGCUACACCGGUCCAAAUCUGUCUUUCCGACGGCACGCGAGUUCGGUCUCGCUACGUGGCUGGCAGUCUAGACGAUAUCCCAUCAAUAACUGAUUCCUCGACGAAUCAGCAAUUGUCCAGCACGACUUGGAGAUCCAUCAAUGUGGUCGCCAAUCCGCUGAGUUCACUUUUCCCUCCAACCUCUGAGAAUGGGCCUAGUCCUGCGGUCGCAAUAGUCCUCAUCGAGGAUGGCCUCAGCAACAAUCCCAUAUAUCUUCAGGUUCAUUCAGAGGACACCGGGGAGUGCCCGGCAGGUCAAUGUAUUGUGUAUGCUUCCACGGUGUCCGAAGAUGACUCUGCCGAAAGCCGACUUGAAGCCGCGGUAUCGGCAUUCCUUGAAACUGCUCAUGCGAAAGAUGCAGUCCUUUGGUCCGUGUCGUAUCGGAAAAGCGAGCCCGCUGUCGAAGCGACUCCCAGACCUCCAGCACUACAGAAGAGUUCGCCACAGGUGUUGGUGUUUGCCGCGAGGGAGCACGACAUUGCGUUUGAUGACAGUGUGCUCGAGGCUGUUCGAAAAGCCUGGGAGUGUGUUCUGGGCGAAGCCACCGCUGCCGAAAGCUCAUUUCUGAGAUUCGAAGAACGAGAGGUUGAAGUCGAAGACUAA